AUGAGGCCUAUUGACUCAGAGCGCAUGGAUGUUUAUCGGGCUCGAGGAAUAAUUGUUAAAUAUCCUUACAUCGCCCUACAUAUCCAUGCACAGCCUAUCAUAACUUUAAAAGCGUUAAAAGAUACACCAUCUAUGACGUCGAGGUGAGUGGCGAUGAUCUGCGGUAAUUAUUGUGCACUCAGCUCCUGAGGCACUUGUGUGAAGUGCUUGAUGAUAGGUGAAGACAAAGUCCAUUAAUUUCCAGUUAGAAUUAAGAGCAGUUGUCUGUAAGAUUCGAGCUAUAUUGAAAAGUCGCUGCCACACUAUCUCACCGAAUUGGCUAAAAAUUGGCAAGUAGACUUUAUUUGAGGUCUUUAAUAAGGAAUAGGUUCUUUAGGUUCUAAUUCCUCCUGUUUCGGAAAUUGAGAUGUAUUACCUUACUCGACGACAAAGAUGCCAGUUUCCACCUUGAUCGAAAAAAAGGAAUAUUUUCCCACGCAUAUAGCGUGUCGUCACGUUCCUUGCAUUGCGUUACAACUCACGUGAAACCGCCUGGUUUCAAACAACUGAAUUGAAGAAUGCGUGAAAAUCUUAGCCAGGCAAUAAAUAAUGGAAGUUGAUAUAACUUAUCAUUAUUAGUGAGCGAAGAUACGAUGAUAGUUCCAGCUACAUGUAUUUACAGCGUUUGAAGAUUCACUCAAAACUCAUUAGACAUGAGCCCUUGAAAUAAACGUCAUUACUUCCGGUUUUAAAAAUUGGGCGUUGGCAAAGUAAUUAAUAGACUCAUUCUACCUUGUACACCAUUAACAACGGUUCCGUGUACAAUUUUCAGGUAUUUUGUCUCAAUCACGGAGCCCGUUUUGAGGAGAUUCUUGAUAAACAGAAAAAUUGGUUUGGAAGGGGUUAAGAAGAAUGAGGGAUGAGCCCAGGGCUUUAAAACUGUGCGCAAAUGCCUCACCUAGGGACAAUUCCAGAUUUUCGUUUCCUUGAAAAAGCUUAAAAUCGCUAGACAAUGCAUGGACAACUCAAGACAGUCCUAAUUCAAAAUAAAGUAAACAGCAAAGAAAAUCCAGUUAGCGACCAGAGUGUUUAUCCGAUAUCGCGAACAAUAAGGAGUGAUUGAAGAUGUGUCUGCAGUUUAAUGUAAAAUCAUUUACCAUGCUCACGGACCUUUCGGCAACAUAAGUGUACCGAUUGACGUAUUAUCAGUGGUAAAAAACGAAUGCUUUUUACUGAAGGACGAUGACGUCAUCAUACAAAAGGCGUCUUCACUCUGGCAUCCUGAAUUUCAAACCGUCAAAACCUAAUUUUCUCUGCUCGUCAACUCAAAAACGCCUCUGAGAACAAGUAGGGGUAAUGUGCUUGUUAGUAAGACGUCCAACAUAAAGGGACAUUCAUAAUCAACUUGGUUAAUGCAUUGAUAAAGGGAAACUUUCUCCUUUACCCUCAGGAACAGAGUUCAAAAGCCCAAAUGAUUUUUAGUUCAGCUCUAGCAUGUGUUGUCUAGCGAUUUGCCUUGAGCUUCUCUAAAUUUUCCAGAUCAAACAAGCUGUGCCCAUCGUACAUAAUCUUGUCUGGGCUCCCUUGAAAAAUUGCACUUCAUCAGAAGCCUUCAAGUUCAUCCUCCGCCGCGACAACUUCAUGAUCUAUUUUAUUGGGUGGUUUUCUGGAACUAUCCUAUCGCUUGUCCUUUCUGGUCGUCACUAUAUUAGCGAGCAUGUUUCAAUUUCUCUCCACAAAAGUCUCUAUAAGGAGCGUAGCCAGGAUUUUCCAGGUGUGUGCACAAUUUUCAAAACUUACCCUAACAUCUUACUCAGUUCUCUCGCAACGUUUCCCCAUUACAUUUGCUAAUUCUGUUAACUAGGUGAGGUUAUGCGUGGUUGAAAUGGCACUUGCAAUCGGUGAGAAAAUUAGGUUAGACACUUUACCCUCAAGGACGACUCUCAAGUUUUGCUGACACUUUUUACCUUAGCAGAGAAAAGUGAAGCUUUGCCUUCCCCACUCCCUGUAAAAAAUGUCGUUCGGCUGUUCAAACCACUUUUAGAAAACAACAAACUUCCUAACUUUAAUCUUUAAUAAAGGUAUAAGGGUAGGAAUCCAAAUUGUUUUCAAAUGUUCUUCAAAAUGUACGCCAUGCAAAUGUAGUAUUUCACUGAUUUUAACAUGAUGAUUGUGAAGUAGUGUCUAGUGAGUACGGGGGCUAAUGCCCCAUCGUAAAAAUCUGAAAUUGAAAACAAAAAUCUUGUAUAACCGAGUAGUACACAUUUUUAGUUAUUUUAUCGAGUUGUGAAAAAUCACAAAUUUGUUUCUUCUUGAAUGUGUUAUACUCUCAUCCAUUGAGUUUUUUCAGUCUUUCCGAUAUGCCCGUCGGAUAGCGGAAGUUAACGUAAAUGAUCGAUUACCUGAAAAGAAGCUACGAUCCUAACUUUCCACCUUCGAGUCUUUCCCCUUGCCAUAAUUUUUUCCCUCAAGGAAUUUUUCUCUGUUUUAUAUAAUAAUUGGUCUUGCAUGCUAAUCGAUCUGAUGCGAUCUACUUUUUGUAGCUUUCCCCCCAUCUAACAGCUCCUUACUGAACAAAAACGGUUUUAAUUGAGUAUAUUCAAAGAACUAGCCAAUAUUUUUCCAGCGGUAAGCACGAUGUUCCUAAUUCCCCCUAGUCCCCGUCUUUGACAUUUUCAAGUGCAUUGGUUAAAUUUUCUUUUCAUAGGCUACAAUGCUCAUAAUCGCGCAUGCUGAUGUCAUUUAGGCUUAAAAAAUUAAAAAUUAGUUUGUCGAAGAAAGAGUGAAUUAAAGGUGUCAUGAGGCGUUUGUGAUUUUAUGAACUAUUUGACGCGGUCCUUUUCUUACGGCUUAUGUCCGUUGGUGAAAUUGCUACUUGGUUUUCUUGGAUUGAAAAGGGCGGGCUCUUUCUAAACGUGGCAUUGUUUAUGGGACCCUAGUAUUCAGAACAGAAUAAGUCGAUGGCAAACAACGAAAAGGCUCUUAUGUGGUAAGUUACAGUGAUGAACCUUGCCUCGAGAUGGUCAUAUUUUUGUACAUACCUUAAUUUCAUGCAAUUCAGUGUUGGUCUGAAAAUUUUUUGUUAUGGAUGGGGGAAGGGUGAGGGGGGAGAGAUCAGAACAUGUACCUCGUGUUGUUUACGAGACAAAAGUAAUGAAAACUGUUAAACAGUCUUCUACAAAUCAAAAUAGUUGCAAAUGCUUACGGGAGGCCCUAACUAUAUGAUGAUUAGAAGGGCAAUAUUUGGAAAGGUGCAUGGUCGUGGAGUUACGGAGAUUUGACUAAUCAGCCAAUUUCUCGCCAAACAUAAGGGCGUGGCCAGUGGCCCCAAAAUUGUGUUCGCUCGCCCCGGGCUGGCUCGACUUUUGGGAUACGGUUAUGGAGUUAUAAACAAUGAGUUCAUCAUCUAUAUAGCCUAAUCGCUCCAAGUGACUGCAUUUCGCUUUUCAGAGACCCAUCAGUUACUGUAUGACCCUCUCGGAUCAGAUUUUAUGUCCGUGAUGUAAUACUGGUGGUGAGGUUAGUCCACGAGCAGAGUCGUGAAAAACACCGACACUUGAGCUUUUACGUUCAAAACAUUCCUGGCUAUCGGAAAAAAAAGAAGGAGCUUUUAAAAAUACUAAAAUAAAAUGUCAUUUCAAAUUUCACUUUGUCACUGUUCCAAAAUUAUUGUGAAUCAGACCGAAUGAAAGUUCACUCAAAGAGUGGGAGGGGGGGUUGGGGUUGGUAGUUCUGAACAGUUCCAGUUUGCUAGAAAAUUAAAAGUUAAGAAAAAAUACUGGGCGAACUGCAGAAUACAUGCAAGAAUGAGAAAGAAAAUAGAAAACAACUUCCUGUUCAAAUUCGGGUGAAAAGUUUAAUAGCGUCAAGAAGACUGAACUAGAUUUAGGUUGUUCAUUUCAGUUCCGUUCCAGCGUGCAGUUCCUUGUCCUCCUAAAAAUAGGGAGUUUAAGAUACGGAGACUACGGACUACGAACUACGGCUGGACGAGCGUUGUCCUUUGUUCGUAGCACUGGGUUGAGUCGUGCAAAUAUAGAACGUUAAGAUUGCACUACAGACAGUAAACUACGAGAGAAGAGGCGGAGAGGGAAACAACACGCAAAGAUUUUCUUUUUUUCAUCACAGUUCACAAAAAUGCAAGUCAGUUUUGCAUGUGAUCUUAUCUUUAGAACAAUGAACAAAUUCUUCCAUACUUGAAGGAAGCAAUUACGUCAGGUGAAAUUGGUAAACAAAGUUUUGGUUACACAGGUUUUAUUUUUUCGCCCAUGAAUACUUAUGUCAAAUAUUAAAGAAAUAGACAGAAAUAGUAAUAGCUCAUUUAUUAGAUUUAGAGGAUGGACUUCUCCGACUACUGAUCUGAUGUAGUUUGAAGUAUUGAAAUGCCGAGUUUCGAUUGUGUUGAAGAUGUUUACAUCAUUUUCAUUCAGCAAUUGCUAUACAAAAACUCUCAUAAACAACGGUUACACAAGUAGAAAGACACACUGAUCAAUUCGACCAAACAUUGAAACUUUUCAAGUGCGAAGAGAAAGUAAAUUACCUGCAUGAUUUCUCUUCUCCUCGGCCGUCAAUCUGAAUUCUGUGUAUAAACAUCUGAGCUUAAUAUAAGCUUAGCUAGAAAGAUUUGAAUCACAACAGUCGAUUAAAAGCGUAAAUCUGAGCAGAAAUUAGACACAACUUACAUAUUUCGCUUCCUUCUCACUUAAAGCAGGUGAAUUGCAAACUUUUUUACGAAAAGAUGAGAUUCUUGAAUUACCGAACGGCAAAAUACGAGCAAAAUGUUCUCCGUAGUCGCGACUACGCGAAACAGCUCAACAACUCACCGUAGCCGCAGGACUACGCGGGAAAAAUGAACAGUCACGUGGUUUUGAUCAUGCGCAGUAGCAUGUUUAUCCGUAGUCGUAGUCCGUAGUCACCGUAUCUUAAACUCCCUAAUAGCUUCGUCUCCCACCGAUCAUUCCAUGUCAUAUUUUUCGGACUUAUUAUUCAGUAUACGUAAUGACGGUACGAUCGGGUAAUUUGAC